AGACAACCCCGUAUUGUCACAGCCAAUUAUGUAUAUCUAAUGACACUAGUCGGCCUGUGGAUGACGAACGACUAGAAAAGGGGGCUCUAGAGCUAUGUAUACUCGAACCCCAUUCGCUCGCCCCGAAAAAGCCGAUCGCUAUAGACUCUACCGAACUGCCGGCGCGUCAUGACAAUGCCAACUUGACCCCGCGUCAUUCGUCCAAUUUAUAGGAGCGAGUGUCUGUCGUGAUAAGUUGACAGAGAAGUACCAAGCAAGUUUAUGUAAAAAAGUCAAAGCAAUUAAGAAAAAUCUCAAGGUGUGAUUAUAACUUAGCGAAUAAAUAAUCUCGUUAACUAGACAAAGACCUACUCGGUAUAUACGCAAAGCUCAAAUCCACAAAAAUGGCUGCCCCUCCCCCACAUGGAAUAUACGUCCCCGUGCCGACCUUCUUCGUGAGCAAGAAGGCGGCCAACUACGACCCCGUUGCGGCGCCGGUCGACGUUGCUACGCAGGUUGCGCACUCCCUGUAUCUGGCGCGAGCUGGUAUCAGGGGGUUGGUGAUUCUGGGUAGCACGGGAGAAGCGAUACAUCUCACGAACAAGGAGCGCUUCGAGGUCCUGUCCGGCGUGAGACAAGCGUUCGAAAACGAGGGCUUCAAGGACUACCCCAUCAUCGCCGGCACUGCCACACAAAACAUCGAAGAGACGGUUGAGCAGCUGAAAGGCGCUAAGGAAGCCGGUGCGCAGUACGGUUUAACUCUGGUCCCGGGAUACUUCGCCGGCGCCAGCACGCAGGAGGGUAUCAUCAGGUGGUUUACUGCCGUGGCUGACCGGAGCCCCAUACCCAUCUUAAUAUACCACUACCCGGGCGUCUCAAACAACGUCAAAGUCGUCCCGGCUACGUUCGAAACCCUGUCUAAGCAUCCCAACAUCGUUGGCUGCAAGCUCUCGCACGGCGACGUAUCAUAUCACUCGCAAAUCGCAUCCAACCCCUCCAUCGACCACUCCAAGUUCGCCACUUUCACGGGACUAGGCCAGCAAUUGCUCCCGGUCGUGACUAUCGGCGCUGCCGGUGCCAUCGACGGCUGUGCGGGAUUCUUCCCCAAGAGCGUGGUGCGCCUAUACGAUCUGUCGGUGAAGAACCAGCCCACAGACGACGAGGUCCGCCAGCGCCGCCUCCUGCAGUUCAAGAUCAGUGCAGUGGAGGAGCUAAUUGCAAAGUUUGGUACUGUUGGCAUCAAAGAAGCUAUCAGCAGGCUGCGCAAGUUAGGUGAUCCCGACGGCACGCGAUUGCCCCUGUUCGGCGGCAUCCCCGGUGGCGAUGCCGAGUGGGCUAAGUGGCAGACACUGAUCGAUGCGUUGGAGGAGGAAGAGCUGAGGCUGUGAGUCUUGGUGUAAAAAGGUCCAUUGGGUAAUGGCUUGUUGGCACUAAUCACGAAAAGCGGACUAUUAGGUCCAUAGGCUAGAGACUGUUGAAAGAGGUAGCCAUUUAAAAUGUAAAUACCGUACCUUACCUUUGGUACAUAUCAAACAAGAGCAGAGUAGUGAUAUGUAUCUAAGUGUAAAUAUCUGACGUCUCGGUUUAUUUAUGAUGCCGUUUGGCGUGUGAUUACGCUUUCGGGGGUUAAAUGGGCAAAUUCGGAUCCGAGGUGUUGAUGCCGUCUGCUGUUCUCUUUACGCAGGCGCUAAUCCGACGAUGAAGGUGGAUUAGUAACGCUGGCAUCAUUAGCAACGCUGGCAUCAUUAGCUACAUAAACUCCCCCAUGAAAUAAAUAGUAUUAAUA